GGACAGCAGUGGACACAUCCAACGUCCUGGACUGAGUUUAAACUUCAAACUACCUGGAGGAGAAAUGGCAGGAGAUAGAACACUAGAGAAAUGGGUCCACACUCAAAUCAGCCUUCAGAAUUUCUCCUACAGGUAGACCCUCAGCAACUUCCGUAAUUUUGUGGAGGAAAGGCAAGAAAUCAUUAGAAGUCCAACUUUCUCAACAGGAGCCAAUGGCAAAUGGUGUUUGACAGUAUGCCCGAAUGGAGUCGAUGAAGUAAGUGCAGAUUAUCUGUCAGUUAAUCUAGUUUUGCUCAGCUGUCUAAAGAGUCAUGUUUGGGCAAAGUUCCAGUUCUGGAUCAUAAGCGCCGAAGGAGAGAAAAAACAAACUAUGAAGAGCCCAAGAGCCAUUAGGUUCGUGCCAGGCCAUAGCUGUGGAUUCAAAAAGUACAUACUUCGAGAUUUCCUCUUUUCCAAUGCAGCUGGACUUCUCACAGAUGACAAACUCAGCCUCCUCUGCAAUGUGAGCAUCGUGCAGGAAUCAUUCAGAAUCUCUGACCAGAACAGGAAGCCAGGGAUUCAAGUUCCAAGAUGCACAUUGGCAGAUGACCUAGGAGAGCUGUGGGAGAAUUCCUUAUUCACAGACUGCUGCCUGGUAGUAGCUGGCCAAGAAUUUCAGGCUCACAAGGCCAUCUUAGCAGCUCGCUCUCCAGUUUUCAGAGCCAUGUUUCAACAUGACAUGGAGGAGAGCAGGAAGAAUCGCGUAGAGAUCCCUGACCUGGAGCCACAAGUCUUCAAGGUAAUGAUGGACUUCAUUUACACGGGAACAGCACCAGACCUGGACAGCAUGGCAGCUGCUGUGCUUGCAGCUGCUGACAAGUAUGGCCUGGAGCGUCUGAAGAUCAUGUGUGAGGAUGCCCUGUUCAGGGACCUCUCUGUGGAGAAUGCUGCCCACACUCUCUUCCUGGCUGACCUCCACAGCUCAGGGCAGCUGAAAACCCAGACACUGGAUUUUAUUACAGCUCAUGCUUCUGAGGUCUCUGAGACAUCUGACUGGAAGACAGUGGUGGGCUCAUAUCCCCACUUAGUGGUUGAAGCUUAUGGUUCCAUGCCUGCUCACUGUUCUUUCCUGGAGCACCCUAUUAAAUGUGUGAAGCGAUCCUAGCACCUGGCAAACCUUGUCUUACCCUUGUCCCCCAGAAGCAGCAGUCAUGCUGUUACCAAUGAUACCUGAGUCAACUAGGGUUUGUGUGGAGAAUUUCCAGUGAAAAUAGGGAGAAACAGACGGUGGCUGAGGCUUAAUACAGAUUAAAGGAAUCGGUGGCAGGUCGAGGGA